AGUCGCCGCCGCCGGAGCCCAGGAGCUGCCCACCCGUGGCCAAGUGAGCUCCGCCGGGGACAGCGCCGGAGGCUCCUGCCCGCCCGCCCGCCCGCCCUGCGCUUCCUUCCCCGCAGAUGGCUCUGCCGCUGCCGCUGCUGCUCCUCCUGGCCGCCGCCGCCGCCGCCUGGUCCGGGCCGCCGCCGUCCAAGCUGGCGAUCGACUUCCUGCCGGGGCUGCCCAAGCAGCCGGCCUUCGAGCAGUACACGGGCUACCUGAGCGUGGACGGCGACAAGCACCUGCGCUACUGGUUCGUCGAGGCGCAGGACGCGGACGGGGAGAAGCCGCUGGUGCUGUGGCUGAACGGCGGUCCCGGCUGCAGCUCCCUCGCCGGCCUCCUGAGCGAGCACGGGCCUUUCACGGUCCAGCCAGAUGGGGCCACCUUGACCUACAAUGAAUAUGCCUGGAAUAAGCUCGCUCACAUCGUGUACCUGGAGUCCCCGAUUGGCGUCGGCUUCUCCUACUCGGAUAGCCAAGACUACCACACCAAUGACACAGAGGUGGCCCGCGUCAACUACCUGGCCUUGAAAGAGUUCUUCAACCUUUUUCCGGAGCAUCUGCCCAAAGACCUUUACCUGGCCGGAGAAAGCUACGGCGGGAUCUACAUCCCCACCCUGGCAGAGUGGGUCAUGCAGGACGCCAGCCUGAACUUGAAGGGCCUCUCGGUGGGCAACGGGCUCUCCUCCUACGAGACCAAUGACAACUCCCUGGUUUACUUUGCCUACUACCACGGCCUCCUGGGGAACCGGCUCUGGGGCGACCUGCAGCGCUUCUGCUGCUCCGGAGGGAAGUGCGACUUCCACAAAAACCCAAAUUUGAACUGCACGGCUGCUAUGUUGGAGAUGAUCCACAUUGUGGACGAAUCGGGCCUCAAUAUCUACAACCUCUAUGCCCCCUGUGCUGGGGGGGUGCCGGGAAAAUUCAGCUACCUGGACGGGACCAUCGUGACUCACGACCUGGGCAACAGCUUCGUCUGGCACCCGGCCCGCAGCCUUUGGAGGCAGAAUCUGCUGAACCUGGGGGUGACCAAGCAGGUGCGACUGGACCCCCCCUGCAUCAACACCACCGCCCUCACCCGCUACCUGAACGACCCUCAAGUGCGCCGGGCCCUGCACGUUCAGGACGAUUCCCCCGCGUGGGAGAUCUGCAGCUUUGCUGUCAGCCGUGGCUACAAGCGCCUCUACUCCAAGAUGAACGACCAGUACCUGAAGCUGCUCAGCACUGGGAAAUACCGCAUCUUGCUGUACAAUGGCGAUGUGGACAUGGCCUGCAACUUCCUGGGGGACGAAUGGUUCGUGGAGUCCCUGCAGCAGAAGGUGGAGGUCACCCGGAGACCCUGGAUCUUCACGGACAAGGACGGCCAGGAUCAGAUUGGGGGCUUCGUGAAGGAGUUCACCAACAUUGCCUUCCUCACCAUCAAGGGUGCCGGCCACAUGGUGCCCACUGACCAGCCACGGGCAGCCUUCAACAUGGUGCAGCGGUUCCUCACUCGGCAGCCCUUCUAAGCUCAGGAACAGCAUCUUUCCUGGGGAGACCGGCCCCCUCCCGCUGCGGCGUGGCUGCAAGGAGUGGCUCCUGACCGGCCUUUGGUGGAAGCCUGGGUGGGUCCUCCGGCAGGGCCCCGUCUCCCCUUGCCCUUCUCUGCGCAUUUGCACUGUCCUCAGGGAGGAAGCAGGUCCCCUCGCUGCCCUCCGGGGGGGUGGGGGGUGUUGGGACCAUUUCUCAGCCUUCGUUCUGGCUGCUCUUGAAGGAGGAACUGGAGGUCAAGAGCAGCCACAUUCUCCUUUCUGGUCCAAGCAAGCGAUUAAACUGUUAUUUUUCUAACGGAAAA